UCGGUCGGUGCACUCGCUAGUAACUGAAGCAGGACAGUAGUUUACUCUGCAAACAGUGAAUUGCUCAGUGUUUACGAACAUUCACCUCGUUGUUUUCAACAGAGAGCCGUUGUUUUCGUGUGUAAAUUGAGCUCCUUGAUAGGAGAGAUACCGCAGUUCCUCAGACAGGAUGGUCUGCUUUGUUACAUAUUAGAAGCGGAUUGAUCACAGGAUUGCCUUUUUUAUUUCUUCUGAAUGUGCUGCUGACUGUUGACAGAAUGAAAUCUGAUACACCAUACGAAAAGAUGGUUGACGUGGAGCUGAGCAGAGCAGAAGGACAUCACAGCUCACAAAAGUAUUACAGGUGUCUGAUCAUCCUCACAUGUAUAACCACAGUCUUGUUGAUCCUCCUGUCACUCCAAACGUUGCUUGUUCCAAUGGCCAAAUCCUCCUCCUCCUCCUCCUCCUCCUCCUCCAAAUCACCUGUACAGCAGGAGCGUGUGCUAAUCAGAGAAACAUGCACGGACCCCUGCAGGAUUGUUUUAGUGGAGAGCAUCCCAGAGGAUGUGGUGUUUAACUCCUCUGUCACUCACCAGUCCAUUUAUGAUGCCUGGCUGAACCUCAUAUCUGCUACUCAGUCCAGUCUGGACAUCGCCUCCUUCUACUGGACUCUGACCAACGCUGACACACAAACACAAGAGCCCACUGCUUAUCAGGGGCAGCAGAUUCUGAAGAAAUUAGGGAAGCUCUCAAGCAAAGCGUAUGUUCGAAUUGCUGUCGAUAAACCAGCAGAAAAAAAAACUAUGGAGGACAUUAACUUCCUGAGCUCUCACGGAGCUGAUGUGCGAAUGGUGAACAUGCGAGAGCUCACAACAGGUGUGCUGCAUACCAAGUUCUGGAUCGUGGAUAAGAAGCACAUUUAUAUAGGAAGUGCAAACAUGGACUGGAGGUCACUAACACAGGUAAAGGAGUUGGGCGCAGUUGUGUAUGACUGCAGUUGUCUUGCUGAGGAUCUUGGCAAGAUCUUUGAGGCUUACUGGUACCUGAAUCAGACCAAGACCGUUCCUUCACACUGGCCCAACAAAUACUCCACCCUGUAUAAUAAGGACACACCAAUGCAGCUGUCACUCAACGGGACCAGUGCCAGCGUCUAUCUAUCAAGCUCUCCUCCUUCACUGUGUGCUGAAGGCCGGACUCCCGAUCUUCAGUCUAUCGUCAGUGUGAUCGCUGACGCUCAGCAGUUUGUCUACAUUGCUGUGAUGAACUAUCUACCCACUAUGGAGUUCUCUAAACACAAAAGGUACUGGAUGGAUAUUGACACUGAGCUGCGACGUGUUGCUUAUGAGCGCAGGGUUCGUGUGCGUCUGCUGAUCAGUUGCUGGAACAGCACCAAACCAAUCAUGUUCCCUUUCCUGCGCUCCCUCGCUUCCUUAAAGGACACAAACGAGCUGGACAUUCAAGUGAAAAUCUUCACAGUGCCUUCAGACGCUCAGCAGAAAAAAAUCCCCUUCGCCAGAGUGAACCAUAACAAGUACAUGGUCACAGAUCAAGUUGCAUACAUAGGCACCUCUAACUGGUCCGGGGACUACUUUAUGAACACGGCCGGCUCUGCAUUAGUGGUGAACCAGACUUUAGCUUCAGCAAGUCCGACAGUGCAGGAGCAGCUGCAGGCCGUUUUCGAGAGAGACUGGGAGUCUUCAUACAGCACAGACAUCAACCACAGAUCCAACCAUAAAGACAUCUGCUAGACCAGACGCGGCCUGCAGGAGGAGCUGGAGAGACUGAAACAGAGACUGUGUAAACCUUUUGCUCCAUUUUUAGGACACUAAAUACUUCACAUGUUGCCAUGAACUACUUUUACGCUCCAAAAAAAGGAGUUUUAAUUGCAUUAAACAUGAGGAGAGAGUUAAAAGGGAUAGUUCACCCAAAAACUUAAAUUCCGUCAUCAUUUACUCUUCUGUUGAACACCAAAGAAGACGUUUUGAAAAAUGAUGAAAACCGGUAACCAUUGACUUCCAUAGUAGGAAAGACAAAUACUAUGGAAGUCAAUGGUUACAGGUUUUCAGUUUUCUUCAAAAUAUCUUCUUUUGUAUUCAACAGAGUAAAAAAAAACACUCAAGGGUGUGUAAAUAGUCAGUAAAGGUUCAUUUUCUAUCCCUCUGCAGAACUUUUCCUCCCCAAUAAGAGUCUCUCACCUCAGACUAUAAAUACUUUUGCAUACAUUUUGCACAAAACGUCUUUUUAACUAACAUGCAAUACCUCUGCCUUCCUGUUGAUUAUUUUUAACAUCUGUUGAACUUAAAGCGUCUCAGGAGGAAUCAUUUUAUUAUUGAUCUACAACAAUGGUCUCAAACUCAAUUCCUGGCUCUGCAUAGUUUAGCUCCAACCACCUUCAACUCACACCUGCUUAAUAGUCCAGAGUAGUCCUGAACACCUUGAUUAGUUGGAUCAGCUGUGUUUGAUUAGGGCUGGAGCAAAACUAUGCAGAGCUGCAGCCCUCCAGGAAUCAAGUUUGAGACCUAUGAUCUACAAUAUUGUUCAUAACUUUCUACAGUGAUUUAUUAAUUACCAUCUCGUUCAGUUGAAGGCAAAAUUAUUAGCUCUUCUGUGAAUAUUAUGAUACUUAACAGAGCAAGACAUUUUCAUAGUAUUAUACUAUGACCAGUGGUGUAGUCGGGGCUAUACGCAUGUAUACUCAGUAUGCCUACUUUUUUCCACUAGCUGUUUGGGUAUUACGACUUCUGAGGAUCAAUAAUUGCAUAUACCCUCGGUAUACUCACUUGUUUUGCUGAUUAGACUUGCCGAAUUUACGUAUAUUUGCAUCCCUUAACUGUAUACCAAAUGAUUUUUUUAACUCUCAUCUUAAUUUGUUGCAAUUGGUGCGUUUUUGUUUAUAUUUUGCGCCAUUCCCCGCCCCCUGAUGACCACAGCAGCUGUGAGAAAAUUUCGUGAGUUUUUCAAAGUCAACUGAAUGAUGUCUCGCUGAAACGUUCAGGUAAAAUUAUCAAACAGCAUUGGCGGGUUGGGUGGGUAAUAGUACACCACUUUUUUUUUUUAGGACUACACCACUGACUAUGACUAUUUCUUCUGGAGAAUAUUUGAUUUCUUUUAGUUUAUCUGGAAUGUAAGCUGUUUACAUUUUUAAAAAUAUAAUUUAAGGUCAAUAUUAAUAGCCCCCUUAAGGUGUUUUUAUUUUUAGAUUGGUUAGAGCAGUGUUUCUCAACCACGUUCUUGGAGCACCACCAGCUCUGCACAUUUCCAUGUCUCCUUAACCAAACAGACCAGGGUAGAGUUGCACCAGCUGUUUGUAAGUUCUUUCUUAAUCUAGCUCUUUCUUAAACGUGAAGUCCACAUUAGGGGCUUAGUAACUACUAGCUAGUUUGUAACUAAAUUUGUUCUCACUUCUGUUGCACCACAUGUUCUUGAGGCAAACUAGUUAGUAAGUCGUAAGCUCUCCGUAAAGUCAUGCGUAUAGUCGCAUUGAAUGAUGUAACAUCCAAUAAAAACAUUUAAAUUGUUAAACUGCUUUGAAAUUCUGCAACUAAUGCAUCUAUAUAUAACUUUCCUGUGAAAAUUUAAUUAUAAAUCACAUUUUAAAGCACAUUAAAGCAGGGAGAAGAACUCCGUCAUGAAGAAAUUCUCGUUUUAAUUGAUGCAAUGAACACAAAACACUCCUUGAAACAAAAUUCAACUCUUUCAUAAACCGAAAAAAUGUGAGAUUUGGGAGGAUAUUAAGGCUGUGAGUAGAGGGAGAUCAUUCUUCAUUAUGAUCGCGAGCUCCUCAGUGUAAACUAGGUGUAGAGUUAUGUUUAAACUAAGGUCAGUGGUGCAACACCAAAAAAUUUAGUAGUGUGUAAGCUGGAACUUUGUCACAACUAGGCUACGUUUUAACUUGCGCACUGCUAGUGUAACUGGACCCUGAUUCAGAUCAUCAGCUUAUUAGCAGAGACUGAAAGACCUGAAAUAGGUGAAAGAGACAAAGGAGACAUCCAAAAUAUGCAGUGCUGGUGGUCCUCCAGGAACGUGGUUGAGAAACACUAACCUAGAGAACAAAUCACCGUUGGCCAAUGGCCUACUUAAUUAGUCUAACUUGCCUAGUUAACAUAAUAACCUAGUUGUCUUUAAAUUGCACUGUAAGCUGAAUAUUAAUAUCUUGCAAAAUAACUAGUGGCACUGUCAAUGCGAAGACAGAAAUUAGUUAUGAAAAAUAUCAUGUUAAAAAAUCUUGGGGGUAAAAAAAAUUCUGACAAAUAAUUAAAAUAAUUUUGUCUUCAGCUGCACAUUAGCAUAGCCUGUAUUUUAAAAAUCUUAAUAGUAUUUGAUUGUAAAUCAUUCAUUUUCCUUCAGCUUAGUCCUUUAUUUACCAAGGGUCGCCACAGCGGAAUGAACCGCCGAUUUUAAAUCAAACGUGCAUUAGAUUAAUCAAGAAUGCCACUAAAAUCAUUCUGAAUGCAUUUGAUGUUACCACUAAAUCACUAUUUUUACUGCACGCGUGGGUUGUUUCACGUUAGUUUCAGGACUUACAGGGUGAGAAAUUGUGAAGUAUGUUUGUUUUUAUUAUGUCUGUAAAACUGGAAGUGAAAAUGACACAUCAUUCAUGUAGAGUCAUUAGCAGGUAAGUUCACAUUAUAAAGAGGAACAGUGAGUGGUUGUGUGAGCUUUUAUAAUCAUAGUUUGGAAAAUGCACUCAACUGGAUCUGAUUUAUGCGUUUAGGUUGUAAAAUUGGGUCUCGGAUAAUAAAAGUUACUCUUGAAAUCAAA